AUAUGAACAGAUUUGUACUGGAGUCUGCACAAUCACAGAAAUGCACAGACAAACAACUAAUUGUUUUCUGUUGUGUCUUUCUGUUUUACAAUGGAUCCAUGAACUGAUAGUCUAUGCAAUGGAGAUAAAUCCACCUUGUGGAGAGAAUUUGUUUGAUGAAGAUGGUAAGAAACUUCCUCCCUGCAUUCCUGGAGCCUGGCUUACUCCUGCCAUCAUGGCUUGUUACCUGCUGGUGGCUAAUAUUCUAUUAGUCAACCUACUCAUUGCAGUAUUCAACAACACAUUCACACAGGUGAAAUCAAUCUCCAAUCAAGUGUGGAAGUUCCAGAGAUACCAACUUAUCAUGACAUUCCAUGACCGGCCAGUCCUGCCACCACCCCUGAUCAUAUUUAGUCAUAUGUUUAUUGUACUUAAACACAUCUGCUGCUGCGGCCACAAGAAAGAGGGGGAAUUGGACGAGCAUGACCAAGGACUAAAACUCAUCCUUAGCCCUGAAGAGUUGAAGAAUCUGUAUGAGUUUGAGGAGCAGUGUGUGGAGGAACACUUCAGAGAGAAAGAGGAUAAGGAGCAGUCCUCCAACAACGAGCGCAUCCGCAUCACAUCUGAGAGGGUAGAGAAUAUGUCUGUACGUUUGGAGGAGGUGAAUGAGCGAGAGCACUCCAUGAAAGCAUGCCUUCAAACAGUAGAUCUACGACUAGCUCAGCUGGAGGAGUUUGCUGGUCGUAUGAUGAAUGCUAUACAAAAGCUGGCAGGUUUGGAUCACAUUGACUUCCUUCAAACUCACUCUAGAAAGUCCUCUAUCUGCGAUCCUGCAUCAUUAUGGCGACAUGGCAGCAUUCACAGUUGUGAUGGCUACAGUGUGCAUCAGCACCAUCCAGAGGCAGAAGAUCAGAAAAGAACUGAAGAGAAAAUGGGAUCAGAAACAAAGAGUUUAGAAGAAUUUCUAGUGAAAGAGUUGGGGCAGACACUGGAUUUGGUUUCAGCUAAUGAAGAGGAGAGAAAGAACAAAAUGUCUUGCUCAGACAUCACACCAUGUGGGUUGCACUCCAGUCCAAAACUAGCCACAAAACCAAACUUGCCACACAAACCACUUGCCACACUUUUGCCUACACCACCCAAAGCACAACAGGAAAGUGAUAGUCCUGUUGUUGUGAAGCAAAAACUAGAAGCAGCCUUAUCAUACCCUCUUGAACACACCAGAGCUUUGCAGCACUUUUCUUUCCAACAACUGACAAGACCCAUCAUCGGACACAUCUGCAAUAGUGAGACAGAAUUACAAGCCUGGGGAAAUGAUGACAGAUAUGUUAAGAAAUGGUUUAGCCAGCCACUGGCCACAACUAACAAAUCCAUCUCUAGGCCUUCUGUGUUUGAAUGCAGAAAACUUCCAAGCAAUUUAACAUCUCAAGCCAAUGUGGUCAAUACAACUCAGAAUGUGACAGCACAUACAUUUCAUAUAAAGGGAGGUAAUGGAGAAAUAGAGAAGGCCUUUACAGACAAAGACAGACAAAAUAAAACUGAGAAGAAAAUAGAACUUGACAUGAAAGGUUUGGUUUUUUCAGAGAAGUCAACCUUUUAUCAACCUUUACGUUCUAAAAGCUUGAAUGCUAAUCUCUGGAAAAUGAGGAACUCUUGUGACAGUGUUGACCGGUCCUGCCGAUCAGCCAGUAGUGAGCAUAACCUCCCUGUAGCCUGUGAUGGAUGGCCCAAGCAGCAGUCUGACAGUCGAAAAAAGAAG